AUGCUCCUCUCCCACCCAAUUCGCCUUCCGUGGACAUCUUUGCGAUCACUGAGGUCCCUCUCCCGCCCACGCUUCUUCUCAGUCUUUGGUCCACGCUAUACAGUCGAUAUGGGGACCGUGGAUACCUCUGAACGCCUGUCAAAGCUGCGGCAGUUGAUGCAGCAGCACAGGGUGGAUGUUUACAUUGUACCUUCAGAAGACAGCCACCAAUCCGAGUACAUUGCGCCAUGUGAUGCCCGCCGAGAAUUCAUUUCGGGAUUCUCUGGCUCCGCCGGUACCGCGAUCAUCUCCCUGAGCAAAGCUGCGCUUUCCACCGAUGGCCGGUAUUUCAACCAAGCCGCGAAGCAAUUGGACAACAACUGGCAGCUCCUGAAGGCUGGAGUAGAAGGUGUGCCCACAUGGCAGGAAUGGACUACGGAGGAGGCCCAAGGAGGAAAAAUCGUUGGUGUUGAUCCCUCUUUGAUCACAGCAUUAGCCGGUGCUCGGAAACUGGCAGAGACACUCAAGAAGGACGGCUCCACCCUCGUAGGGAUCCAGGAAAAUCUGGUUGACUUGGUUUGGGGCAAGGACCGCCCUGCACGUCCCAGCGAGAAAGUGCGCGUGCACCCGGAGAAGUAUGCUGGCAAGCCUUUCCAAGAGAAGAUUGCCGAUCUGCGAAAAGAGCUUCAGCAAAAAAAGAAGUCUGGAUUCAUCAUCUCAAUGCUCGAUGAGAUUGCUUGGCUGUUCAACCUGAGAGGCACCGAUAUUCCUUACAACCCCGUGUUCUUCUCUUACGCUGUCAUCACGCCCACCACCGCUGAGAUCUACGUCAACGACGAGAAGUUGACACCUGAGGUCAAGGCUCAUCUGGGACAGGACGUUGUCGUCAAACCGUACGACUCUAUCUAUGCUGACGCUCAAGCUCUCAGCACUCAAGCCCAGUCUGCGGGUGAAAAUGCCGCGAAGUUCUUGUUGUCGAAUAGAGCUUCGUGGGCUCUCAGCCUUAGCCUGGGUGGCGAGGGACGAGUAGAAGAGACCCGCAGUCCGAUUGCAGAUGCAAAGGCCGUCAAGAAUGAGACCGAACUCGAGGGCAUGCGGGCCUGUCACAUCCGUGAUGGUGCUGCCUUGACCGAGUACUUCGCUUGGCUCGAAAAUGAACUCGUCAACAAGAAGACUGUCCUGGACGAAGUCGAUGGAGCUGACAAGCUAGAGCAGAUUCGUUCUAAGCAUGAUCUGUUUGCUGGGCUUUCUUUUGACACGAUCUCUUCCACCGGCCCUAACGGUGCUGUCAUUCACUACAAGCCCGAGAAGGGAAGCUGUUCUAUCAUUGACCCAAAUGCCAUCUAUCUCUGUGACUCUGGAUGCCAAUACUACGAUGGAACGACCGACACGACGAGAACGUUCCACUUCGGCACUCCCACUGAGUUUGAAAAACGUGCUUUCACACUGGUACUAAAAGGAACCAUUGGUAUUGACAUGGCAGUGUUCCCCAAGGGCACCAGUGGAUUCGCAAUCGACGUCUUGGCUCGCCAGCACUUGUGGAAGGAAGGCUUGGACUUCCUUCACGGAACCGGCCACGGUGUCGGCUCUUACCUCAACGUCCACGAGGGUCCUAUCGGCAUCGGGACUCGGAUUCAAUACACUGAAGUCCCCAUCGCGGCCGGAAAUGUUAUCUCAGAUGAGCCCGGAUACUAUGAGGAUGGCAAGUUCGGCAUUCGAAUUGAGAAUAUCGUCAUGGCCCGUGAAGUCAAGACCCCGAACAACUUUGGCGACAAGCAGUGGCUAGGCUUCGAGCAUGUUACCAUGACUCCCAUCGGUCGGAACCUAAUUGAACCGUCGCUUCUGAGCGAUGCCGAGCUGAAGUGGAUCAACGACUACCACGCGGAGAUUUGGACUAAGACAGAGCAUUUCUUCCGGGAAGAUAAACUGACUCGCGCGUGGCUCGAGCGUGAGACUCAGCCUAUCUCCAGAUAG